AUGUUCGCUCUUAGAACAGUUGGCAGACAUGCCUGGAGUCCCAGUCGAUGGGCCCAGAUCCGCUGUGUCUCUACAUUGGAGGGAAACUCUCAUAUUUAUGUAUUCCCCAAUCAGAGCGCAACUGGAUCUUAUAUUCUGUCACUUCUGCCAAAUGAGCCCGUCAACUCAAGUUUGGCAAUUGGUGUUACAUCAAAGCUGCCACCAACACCCGAUUCUCUCCGCGAGAACCCCAAAUUCUUGAGUAUCCUCCAGGAGGUCUUCUCCAAGCACGCACACGAAGAUCCAGAGGUACAGUCCCAGGCACAGGUUAUGGUGUCUUCAUCGGGAGCAAACCUGUACUCUGGUGGUGUGCUGAUGGGUAGUCAACGAAAGAACAAACGUCGCGCCGAAAUAGGCGAUUCUAGCGGAGCCAGUGGUCAGGGUGGCGCUGGCUCUGCUGGCCGAGGUGGUUGGAUUCAUGUUUCAGACAGCCGACGCCCUCCUGAUUAUGGGCGGAUUGCCUGGCCAGAGGAUAUCUUCGGAAGCCUUGAAGUGGAUGGUGAGGGUCACUUCGCCGGGAAUGAUGGAAACUAUCAAUCUAGUGGCACCUACAGAACUGUGACUCGGGAUGGAAUUCUUGGCCUGAGUCCUUUCCUCAGAGCGAAGCUAGUUCAGCGGCUGAAAGAACUCGACCAGCAGUAG